GCCGGUGGGCCGGGGGUCGUGAUCAUGGCAGAGGCCAGAAAGCGGCGGGAGCUGCUUCCCCUGAUCUACCAGCAUCUGCUGCACGCAGGCUACGUGCGCGCGGCGCGGGAAGUAAAGGAGCAGAGCGGCCAGAAGAGUUUCCUGGCUCAGCCUUUCACCCUUCUGGACAUCUAUACACACUGGCAACAAACCUCAGAAGUUGGCCAGAAGCGGAAGGCAGAAGAUGAUGCAGCGCUGCAAGCCAAGAAGACCCGAGUGUCAGACCCAAUCAGCAGCUCGGAGAGCUCCGAAGAGGAGGAGGAGGAGAAGCAAGAGACAAAAGCCAAAACUGCUAAAGCUGCCACAAGACCAGCAUCUACCAACUCCUCAGCCAUGGGGGUGGAUUUGCCAUCAAGCCUGAAAGAAAAGGCCAAGGCAAAGACCAGGAAUGCCAGCAAGACAGUGAACUCUGUACCACACCUUGCCUCGGGAAAGUCACCCAAAAAGUCAGCAGGGCCCUCAGGAAGUAUCAUCUUGGUCUCAGAAACUGAAGAAGAGGGCAGCAUCCGGGCUGUUGGAACCACAGCCAAGCCUGGGACCAUGUCAGCAGGCCAGGCCGACCACUCCAGCAAGGAUACCUCCAGCUCCAGCGAUGAAACAGAUGUGGAGGUGAAGGCAUCUGAGAAAAUCCUCCAGGGGAGAGCUGCCUUAGCCUGUGCCAAGGGGACCCCUGGGAAAGAGGUCAUACCAGUACCCCCCAGGAAAGGAACUGCAUGUGCACUCCCUGUGAAGGCAGGGCCCAUAACCGAGCAAGCCAAGCUGAGGAGGCCCGAGCAGGACUCAGAGAACAGCAGCGAAGAGGAAUCUGACAGUGAGGUGGAAACACCCGUGGCUGUGCCAGUGCUUCAGGCAAAUCCCAAAGGAAAGACCCCUCAGGUCAGAACUGCCCCAGCCCUCGCCAAGCAGUCCUCCAGGAAGGGCACCCCUCCAGCACUCCCUGGGAAGACAGGGCCUGCAGCCACCCAGGCCCAGGUAGGGAAGCAGGAGGAGGACUCAGACAGCAGCAGCAGCAGCGAGGAGUCAGACAGUGAUGGGGAGACACCAGCACCCCGGACACCAAACACAAACCCCACCCAGCUGAAGCCCUUGGAAAAGACUCCUCAGGUCAGAGCUGCCUCAGCCCCUGCCAAGGAGUCCCCCAGGAAAGGCACCUCUCCAGCACCCCCUGGGAAGACGGGGCCUGUAGCCACCCAGGCCCACAUGGAGAAGCAGGAGGAGGACUCAGACAGCAGUGAGGAGUUGGACAGUGACGGGGAGACACCAGCACCCCGGGUCCCAACCACAAACCCCACAAAGGCAAAGCCCUUGGGGAAGAACCUCCAGGUCAGACCUGCCUCAGGUCCCACCCAGGGGCCACUGGGGAAAAAAGCUGCCCCUAAACCACCUCACAAGGCAGCACCUGUGGCCAUUCAGGUCAGUGCUGAAAGGUCCCAGGAAGACUCAGACAGCAGCGAGGAAUCAUCUGACAGUGGGGAGGAGACACCAGCAGCUGUGACUACAGCUCAGGCAAAACCAGGUCUGAAAAUGCCUCAGACCAAGGCUUCCCUCAGAAAAGGCACCCUCCUCACCCCCACAUCUGCCAAGGGCCCCCCAGCGCGAGUGGGCACCCCAGCCCCCUGGAAAGUAGGUACAGUGAUUUCUACAAGAGACUCAGCUGUGCCUCAGGGCACCCAAAGGCCAGAGAGUGAUUCUUCAAGCAGUGAGAAGGAAUCAGAGGGUGAAGAGACCAUGCCUGUAGCAGCAGUGGCACAGACAAAGUCUCUGGGGAAAGGCCUACAACAGCAAGCUGCCUCAGCACCCACCAAGGGGCCCUCAGGGCAAGGGGCCACCCCAGUUCCUCCUGGGAAGACAAGGCCCACUGUUGCACAUGUUGGAGCUGAGGCUCCUGAAAGGUCUGAGAGCAGUGAGGAGGACUCUGACGACAGUGAGGCAGCAGCAGUCCUGACCCCAUCACAGGUGAAAGCCUCAGGCAAAACCCCUCAGGCCAAAGCCAGCCUAGCUUUCACCAAAGCAUCUACAGUCAAAGGGGCAGCGUCAACUCCUGGGAAACUGGUCACUCCAGUUGCUAAAGGCAAACCAGGGCCCAUGGCCAAGGGGAAGCCGCCAGUGAGAGCCCUCCAGAACAGUGCCAUCUCAGCAAAGGGCCAGGCAUCUGUGCCAGCUGUGGAGAAAGCAGUGACUGCAGCAGCCCAUGCUGAGAAGGACUCAGAGAGCAGUGAUGAGUCCUCCGAGAGUAAGGAGGAGGUGCCAACCCAGGCUUUCUCCUCACUCUCCCUCAAGGCAAAGCCCACAGGGAAGACCUCUCAGGUCAGAACUGCCCCAGCCCUCACCAAGCAGUCCCCCAGGAAGGGCACCCCUCCAGCACUCCCUGGGAAGACAGGGCCUGCAGCCACCCAGGCCCAGGUAGGGAAGCAGGAGGAGGACUCAGACAGCAGCAGCAGCAGCGAGGAGUCAGACAGUGAUGGGGAGACACCAGCACCCCGGACACCAAACACAAACCCCACCCAGCUGAAGCCCUUGGAAAAGACUCCUCAGGUCAGAGCUGCCUCAGCCCCUGCCAAGGAGUCCCCCAGGAAAGGCACCUCUCCAGCACCCCCUCGGAAGACGGGGCCUGUAGCCACCCAGGCCCACAUGGAGAAGCAGGAGGAAGACUCAGAUAGCAGCAGCAGCGAGGAGUCAGACAGUGACGAGGAGAUGCUGACAGCAGGGACUGCAACCCAGAAGAAUAUUACCUCAAAAAUUGCUAAGAGCAACGCCCUAACCCCAGUUCCCCCAGAGAAGAACCCCAAAGGAUCCUCGGAGAGCAGUGAUGAAGAGCUGCCCUCCAGCCAGGUGAUUAAACCCCCUCUGAUUUUUGUCGACCCUAAUCGUAGUCCAGCUGGCCCGGCUGUGACCCCCGCACAAGUGCAGGCUGCAGGUACCCCAAGGAAGGCCCGGGCCUCCAGCAGCAGUGCUGGGAGCUCCUGCUCUGAGAGCGAGGAUGAGGACGUGAUCCCUGCCACACAGUCCUGCACACCUGCUGUUAAAACAGAUGUGACUGUGCCCGCUGCCCCCACAAGGACAGCCGCCAGAGCCAGCACCAGUAAGGAGUCCACCCGGGCAUCAGAAGGCAAGAAACAGGAAGCAGCAGUCUCUCAGGUGACAAGGAAGAACCCAGCUUCCCUUCCACUGACUCAGGCUACCCUGAAGGUCCUGGCUCAGAAAGCUGGUGAGGCUCAGCUUUCAAGUGAGGCUGGCAGUGCUACAGGAACGCUACCUGUGACACGUCCCCAGAACACCCCUGUCCAGACCAGAGUGGCCAACACACUCAAACAAGGCAAGCCCCCUGAAGACCAGCAGAAUACAGCCACUUCUUCGGGCCACCUUAAAGCCAAAGCCCCUAGAAGCUCAGAUGACAGUGAGGACAGCAGUGACAACUCUUCAGGGAGUGAGGAGGAUGCUAAGGGACCUCAGAUGGCCAAGUCAGCCUCCAAGCUGGCAGGUCCGCCCCUCUCCAAGAGGGAGACCUUGGUGGAGGAGACCACAGCAGAGUCCAGCGAGGAUGAGGUGGUGGCACCCUCUCAGUCUCUCCUCUCAGGUUAUGUGACCCCUGGGCUGGCCUCGGCCAAUAACCAGGCUUCAAAAACUACUGCCAGGCAAGAAUCAAAUUCUGGAGUUUCCUCUGUUCCACCCACCAAAGACGGCCCAGCCAGCAAGCAAGCAGCAGACUCGAAGCACACAGGAGGCACCGCGUCCCUUAAACCAGGUGGGAAAGAGCCUGCCUCAGGCCCCACACCUCAGAAGCCCCGGAAGCCCAAGAAGAAGGCCGUGAGCAUUGAAGCCUCCCUGCAGGCGCUGCAGAGCAGCAUCACUGAGCGCCUCCUGGGCCAAUCCCAGCCCCUGAAUGAGGCACAGGUCCAGGCCUCAGUGCUAAAGGUCCUAACUGAGCUGCUGGGGCAGGAAAGGCAGAAAGCCACAGAUACCACCAGGGAGAGCAGCAAGAAGGGCCGGAAGCGGAAGCUGUCGGGAGACCAAGUGGCCUCCAGGGCUCCCAAGGGCAAGAAGAAGAAGCAGCUGGCCUCGAGGGAAGGCAAGGAGGGUGCUGCUUCCUCUGAAAAGGCCUCAAGGACUUCUAAGGGGAAAUCAAAGAGAGACAAAGCAAGUGGUGACAUCAAGGAGAAGGGUUCUCCUGGCUCCGGAGGGGCCAAGGUCAAGCCUGAAGGGGCACUUCUGAAGGUAGAAAGUGGAGAUCAGAAUGACCCAAAGAGCAAGAAAGAGAAGAAGAAAUCCAGUAAGAGUAAGUGUCCUCACUUCCCCAGGCCCACAGUGAGAAUGUUGGGCCACAUGGGUGGCAGGGAUCCUCAGCCUCCUAGGCUUAUUCCUCCUUACUGUGGAGCAUGGGAGAAGUAGAUUCCAGAAUGCUCGAACCACACCAUGGCCUCUCCCAGA